UACGGCGCGAGAUCAGGGUUCAGUCCUCUGAUUUGCUGCUGCCAUAUUUGAUUCGGGCGUGGAACCGAGGAAGUGCCCCGUGCCCAAAGUGAUGCUUGCCGCUGAAGUGGCCGCGGGAGCUCGGCUCGUAUGACGGAGGAGCUGCCCCUCUGAAGUGGAGCUCGGAGGCUGACGCUUCGUUUCCUAUCUUGUCUUAUAUAUUGACCGGUGUCUCGAUUUACUGGCCAUGCGUUGGCUACAUGUCCUUUAUCGUCCCCUGAAGCUAUUAUUUCCCGGAGGAAGAGCAAAGCCGUGGAGCAGGCUUACUUCUUGCAGAUGGGCGUCGUUCAGAACCGAUGCGACCCUCCCAGAUGUCAAUAGUUUUGUUACCCGGUCCAAAACUUGUGGGGAGUUGCGAUCAGCUCAUAUAGGUCAGGAGGUCACUCUGUGUGGAUGGAUUCAAUAUAAGAGACAUGAACAGUUUGUGGUUUUGAGAGAUUUCCAAGGACUAACACAGAUACUCAUACCUCAGGAUGAGGCUGCUUCCCAUUUGAGGAAGCUCUUUUCUGAUGCUCCAGUUGAGUCUGUUGUGCGAGUGACUGGGAUUGUUAUUCCGCGGCCUCCUGGACAGGCAAACCCUAGGAUGCAAACUGGAGAUAUUGAAAUAAAAGCAGAAACUGCAGAGGUUCUGAACUACUGUAAGAAACUACCAUUUGAAAUAAAAGAUUUCAUCAAGAAAACUGAAGCACUGCGAAUGCAGUAUCGUUAUUUGGACUUAAGAAGUAUUCAGAUGCAGUAUAACCUCCGGCUGAGAUCCCAGGUGGUGAUGAGAAUGCGAGAGUAUCUCUGUAAUCAUCAUGAUUUUGUGGAUGUAGAAACACCAACACUAUUUAAGAAAACACCAGGAGGUGCAAAAGAAUUUGUGGUGCCUUCCCGGGAGGCUGGAAAGUUCUACUCACUUCCUCAGAGUCCUCAGCAGUUUAAACAGCUCCUAAUGGUAGGAGGUCUGGACAGAUAUUUCCAAGUUGCCCGCUGUUACCGAGAUGAAGGUUCAAAGCCAGACAGACAGCCUGAAUUCACUCAGAUAGAUAUUGAAAUGUCAUUUGUGGAGCAAGAUGGAAUUCUGGCUUUAAUCGAGGGCAUGCUGCAAUAUUCCUGGCCUAAGAAAAAGGGGCUUAUCAAAAUACCCUUCCCUUCAAUCACCUAUGAUGAGGCACUAUCUACUUAUGGGACUGAUAAACCUGAUACUCGUUUUGGAAUGAAGAUCAUUGAUGUAAGUCACAUUCUCAGGAAUGCAGAUGUUGACUUUUUGCAGAACUCUCUCAGUGAGCCCUACGCUACAAUGAAAGCCAUUUGCAUUCCUCAGGGAGCGAAAUAUCUACAGUUUAAAGAUUUGGAAUCCUUAAAUGAAUUGUCAAAAUCCCAAUUUAACCAGUUUAUAUCAUGUUUGAUUUUGAAACCUGAUGGCAACAUGAAGUCCCCACUUGGAAAGUUCCUUAAUGAAGAGCAAAAAACAGAGCUUAUCAGAACAGUUAAGGCCAAUAUGGAGGAUGUGGUGUUGCUUGCUGCUGGCCAACACAAACAGGUGUGCUCUGCAUUAGGAAAGCUACGCUUGAAGAGUGCUGAACUUCUGGAAGCAAAAGGUCUGUUACUUCGUGACCCUUCUGCCUUUCACUUCCUCUGGGUGGUAGAAUUCCCACUUUUCCUCCCAAAAGAAGAAAAUCCUGAAGAAUUAGAAGCUGCUCAUCAUCCUUUCACUGCUCCCCAUCCUUUGGACGAGCAUCUUCUCUACUCAGAUCCCAGACAGGUUAGAGGUCAGCAUUACGAUCUGGUAUUGAAUGGUAAUGAGAUUGGAGGUGGCUCUAUUCGAAUCCAUAAUGCAAAGCAGCAGCGUUUCAUACUUGAGACAAUUUUGAAGGAGAAUACUGAGCUGCUUUAUCACCUCCUUGAAGCUCUGGAGUGUGGUGCACCCCCACAUGGAGGAAUUGCACUAGGGCUUGACAGACUGAUUUGCCUUCUAGUUGGAGGUUCGAGUAUUCGAGAUGUCAUUGCUUUCCCCAAGUCUUUCAAGGGAACAGAUUUGAUGAGCAAUGCUCCAGAUUAUGUUGACCCACAAGAACUUGAGCCAUAUCAUGUGCAGGUUACAUGGCCCUUGACAGAAGUUAAAGCAAGAACUAACUGAAAAUUAUCUAUUCUUCAGAAAUCUUAGCAAAGAUUCUAAAUUUGUCACUAGUGAACAGAUUAUCCAUAUUAUUUGUGGGAAAAGUGAACUGUUGAAAGAAUCAAGGGCAUCCUUCAUUAUACCAUGGAGCCUUUGUUCUAAUGGUAAGUAUAGAAUCAUCACAAAUAUGAGGCUUUACUAUAUUUGUAUAUCUGAAGUACAAUAAUGUUACGUUCAAAAGACAGCAUGUCCUAUUACUAUUGUUAUAUAGCGAUAUAGUCAGAUGCAGUCUUGACAUUCUGUUGUGUUGCCUUUAUGUAUAGAGGGUCUUCGAAGUAUAUGUAGAUUUUGCAGGAGGUCAUCCAGGUAAUGGUGUGUGGGGGGGUCAUAUGGCCCACCACGCCCCAUUUUUGCUAGCAGAGGCACCGCAGGCUGGUCCUUUGCUAUUUCCAGGCUGGCACCGCGGGGCCAGAUCUAAGCACUCCGUGGGCCAGAUCCAGCCUUCAGGCCUUGAGUUUGACACCCCUGAUGUACUGCAAACAUGGAAACAUAAGAUAGAAUGAGCUGAAUAAAAACAAGAAUUCCAAAUUAAUUUUGGAACAAAAAUCCCCAAAAUAUAGUAGAAAUAUAAAUUAAUUGUACUAUUAUCCUACAGUAAUUACUCAAAGCUAAGUACUAAAGUUGGCUCCAGUAACAAAAACUAUUGAUGGUUCUGGGAGAGCAUUCAGUUUUAUUUUAAAAACAGUGGUUAUUUGAAACCUAACGGGGGGAGGAGUUCAUCAGGGUUUUAAGGUAGAAAUAUAGUAUAGCCGGGAUGACGAACCAGAGGUGGCACACAGAGCCCUCUCAGCUGGCACGUGCCAUUGCUGCUGGCAUGUGCUGUUGCCCCAGGUCAGCUCUCCGUGGCGUUUCUUUCGUGAGUUUCUGUUUCCCUGCAAACAACGAAACGGAAGCUCACAAAAGUAAAAGAUCUUACCUCUUGCUAUUCUGCUGGUGUUGGAAUGCCCUGCCUCCCACUGGCCAGCUGGUCUUCGGGUCUCUGCUGCGCAUGCCCAUGCAUGCGUGUGUCUGUGCAUGCACAUGUUCGUGUGUGUGCACUUUUCAGUUUGGGCAUGCGCAUGCACACAGUUUGGGCACUUGGUGUCUAAAAGGUUCGACAUCACUGCAGUAUAGCCAAUUAGGAAGUAUUUUUCCCAGUUAAUUAAACUUGAUCAGAUAGCAAAAAUGGCAAAUUUACAAGUCAGUAUAAAAAAAUAAAGGUAGGGAAAAAAGAAUCAUUUCAACUUACAUAAUUUGUCUUUUGAUAUUUUUUACUUAAAUAAAACUCCCAAUUAUUAUAGAGGCCAUUAUUUCAAAUUGUUAGGUUUGCUUGUUUGUUACAUAUUUUUCAAAAAAUCACAACUGGACAGUUAUCACUUACAUAGUUUUGUUGAACUUCUGCAAUAAACAUUUGUGUUUUCCA